UGAAAAUAUAAAAUGGUACUUAAACGAAUAUAGGUACAAGUAACUGAUGUUUUAACGUGUAUUCUGUACACAACAUAUUAUGCACAUACAUAUAGUUACGCCGUAUUGGGCGAAAAUAGUUCGGGCAAGUCAGUAUUGCUGAGGUGUCUGUCGGGCAUUUUGGAACAAGACGGUGGUGACGUGAUAAUGACGGACGACGUUCCAGUGACCUCCGGUGGCAGUGGCACGACAGGUGGUCCAGGGGGCAGUGGUGUCGGUCCGGAGCAGACAGUCACGAGGCGACAUCCCAAGAUCGGGUUUGCCCCGCAGAAUUUCGAUGUGCCUGGACCGAUGCGAAUAUAUCACCUACUGUACUUUAUCGGUGCCGUCAACGGGCUAAUCGUUUCCCAAAUCGUAGACAGGUACAAGAGCAUAGUACCGAUGACCGGGCUGCCUGUGAACACGAACUUCUUGGUCGAUCAACUAAGAUUAAGCCAGAAGAAAGUUUUAUCUCUGGUGUUAGCAAUUCUACACGAUCCCGAAGUUGUUAUUUUAGACGACAUCACUACUGGCAUGGACUCCGUAACGUUAAAAAACUUAUCAUUUUCUGCAUUUGCGUGCGUAAUUCUGUUUCCAUUGGCCGUGCACUGGUCGUUUUCGGCGUACCCAAAACUAAACGUGUUUAUAAUGGUGCAUAACGAAGAUUUGGGUGACUACAAUAAUGAGACGAUCGAACCUAUGAGUAAUAUGUUCAUCAGUCGUCACUUAAAAUUGUUUUUCCCUGUGAAAUUAUUCGAAGAUGCUGAUGUGGGAAGGAGUCAGUGCUUACUGUACUUUGAUAAAAACUAUACAAUGGCUCUGCGACGGCGAAUCGAAAGAAAAAUAAAAAACAACGCUGAUUUUGAAAAUAGUCAGAUAAUAAUCACAAUGAACAUGACCGACGGGCGAAAAUCUGCUGUCGUAAAAGAUCAACUAACGGAACUCUAUAAACAAUUUCUAUCGGACUACGCGCACAACAUGAUGACGGAAUACGUUACGGACAUCAAUGAUGAUUCUUUAAAGUUUUCACAGAACAUUACGUACGAUGCCAACGGCGAAUAUCCUAUUUACGGACGAUUUGUUAAUUCAGGACUGAUUGUCAUUUUGGCAUUCUUUUUUCACGGAGCAAUCGCCGUUCGGCUACAGCAGGUCACAGGCGAAGACUGUUAUUACGACGGUAGGACGUCAUAUCUGGCACGUCUUAUCGUUCAGGUACCGAUUGCCGUCGUCUGGAACGCGUUUAUGGUCGUACACGUGCACUUCCUAUACGAUAUUAUCAGCACACAUCUCUACUACGUGUUUUUGGGUUUGUUGCUUGUGAGCGUCUGCGGAAUACACUUAGGAUAUAUCUUAUGUUCAGUUGUAAAAAAUCAUUUCGGUAUUACAGUAAUACUGUACUUAAAAUUCACAAUAUGCGUCUACGUCUCAGGACUUUGGUGGCCCACAUGUGAAUUAUUUGGUUGGAGAUAUGCGGUAAAUCACUAUUUCCCAAUUUCAGAAGGCAUUUGUUUUAUCAGAAAUUUGAUUGAAAAACAGACUUUUGUCACAAAACCAUUCAUUAUAAUAACUUUUUGGUCUGUAAUACUUGUGAUGAUCACAGUAGUUGAUAUAACUAAUACUAAAAAUGAGAAAAGGUACAAUAAAUUUAAAAAUCUAUUAUAA